AUGUCGACAACUAUGAGUGACUCCGAAACCGAAGGAGAACAAAGUCCCCGGAGGAGGAAGAACGGCUUAAAUCGUGGGCCUUUAGAAGUAUUCAUCAUCAGAAUAUCGCCUGCCUGUCGUUCGGUUCUUCUCUACCUGCAACAAAAUGAAAUACCGUAUGUAUCCGUGGAUGUGGACUUCAGCCAUGGGUCGGAGCACCUCCCCGCUGUGUUCCGGUCCCAGCCUCACCAGGAAGUACCUCUCCUUGUGGAUGGAGAGAUAGUUGUGUUUGAGGGUCCCGCCAUUUUGCGGUAUCUGGCCAUGAGAUAUACUGACUACGCUGGGUUUGGUCUUAGUCUACAGCAACAGAUGAGCAAUGAAUCCAUUAUCAGCUGGGCUUUCGGCGAGCUUCAUAGAGCAAUUGGCUACAACUACAUUUACCCACAGUUCUUGGAAAAAUACGCAUUAUCGCCGGAGAAUGCCAACGAGUCAUUGAUUGAGCACGGACUCCGACAAGUAUCAAAACACCUGGAAAUCAUUGAGAAAAAAUACUUCAAAAACUCGAAAGAUAAAUAUUUGACUGGAAGUCGUUUGACUGUUGCUGACACAGCAGUUGCAGCGGUUUUGGUGUUAUUGGAGUGGACAGGAUUCAAAUUCAAAAUGUGGCCCCAGGUCGAGGCUUGGUUAAACCGCGUUAAACGUCAGCAUUUUUGGGAUAAUGUACACACAACCCAUUCUGAAUUUAUUGUGCAAUUGCAAAGAGCGAGCAUGAUUUUAGACUGA